AUGGGUACUCCAAACGGUUACAACAAUCCAGCAUAUUGUCAUCAAUACGAUUCAUCAUUAUACGAUUAUCAAUACGUACCUGAAAUAGAUCCGGAUUCGCCGGAUUUAAAUGAAGAUAAAAAUCGAAGACGACAAAUACAACAAACACAACAAACGACUUUGGUACAUCCAAAUUAUCAAAAAGAAUUUUCCGGUUCGGAUGAAUUCGGAGGAAGUGACGAAAGCAACGGUUCCAUUAUUAUUGAAGAGUGUAACAAUAGAAGAGUGACUUUAAUAUGCGAGAAAAGAUCGCAAGUGGACAAAAAUGGAAAAGGUUAUUAUAAUGACGGAAAUGCUGCAAAAAAUCAACAAAGGUAUCACAGGUACGAAGAAAUACCAUCGGAUGAUGAUAAUUAUAAUAUAGUUAAACAAUCGAAUAAAAAAAAAUCGAUACAUCGAUAUGCUGAAAUAUUACCCGAUGAAAACGGAUAUCCGACGUUGAAAAAAACCAUAGAAGUUAAUAAAUCUCACGAUGAUGAUGAUAAUGAUGAUGAUGAUGAUGAUGAUAAUUAUUCGUUUUCUAAAAAUUAUAAUAAAAAAAAUUACAAACCUCGAGCCGUUAGUCCAAACGAUUAUUCAUCGACGGUUGUCACACCGAGCAGAAGACAACAAAACGAUUAUCAUCCGGUUAUGAGUCCUUCGAAUUCUAUAUCGACAUCACCGGGACAAAUGUUUAAUAAUAAUAAUAAUAAUAAUAAUACUUUCAUACCUAUAAAAACAAAUUCGUUUGAAAUGUCGGAAUUAUCACCGACGCGUUCGUUCGAUUCUCCAAAACGUUUGUUAUUAAAUCAACAAACGUUUUUUAUGAGGAGUCCAAAAAGGCAACCGCCCAUAGGUGCAUCAUCAGUUAACGACAAUCACGAACCUUUUAUCGUUUCCAAAUGUAUUUUACCGAGUCAUUUACAAAAAACUAAAAACAAUAAAAGAUCACAUUCCGCACCGAAUUCUCCGAAAAAAUAUCGGGAUUUAUCACAACAUCGUCCAUCAUCCCCUAACAAAUCCACCACACCCUUCGAUAAAAAAGUCAUGCAAAUAUUUCACGUAAAAUCAACUUCCGGUAAAGGAAAGAAUAAAACUCUUAACGAUAGACAAAAUAAAACGGCGAGAAGAAAUAUAUCGAAUUAUUUCACGGAUCCACCACCGACGCAACCAUUAACACCGAGGAAAAAAUCCCAACCGGAAAUUUCUAGAAUAAUGACGAGGGGUAGUCCGUACAAACCUACGACGACGACGACAACGGAAAUCAAUCCAUCGAAAACGGCUAUAAUAACGCCGAUUUUUCAAAGGAAAAAUCAAACCGAAAAUGUAUCACCAAUGAGAAACAUUCAAACGAUAUCGAAAACUUUUCAAAGUACCGGAAAUAUAUUUAAAACAAUCAACAGAGAACAAAAUCAAUCGUUUAAUGUUUCAAGACAACAACUGCAACAACAACAGCAACAACAACCGACAACGAGAAUAAAAAGAAAUCAAAGCGUACCUAAUUUCGCUCACACUUUCAUGUUAGAAAAUGGCGUCGUAGUGAGAAAAUCAAACGAUAUUUAUUACAAUGAUAAAAAUUUAAAAACUCCACAAAAAUAUUCAUCAAUCGAUAAUAAUCCCGUUCAAAUUUCUCCAGUUAAAAAUAUUAAUAAUAAUAAUAAUAAUAGUAAUAAUAAAUCGAGAUUUAGUUUUAUGGAAGAUUUUAGUUCUUGGUCGAAUACCGAUGAUGAUUAUUAUUAUUAUCAUCCAAAAUUCACGAGUACUUGUUUCAUGAUUGCAACAAUAAUUCAUCUGAUAACAGCAACUGGAACUUGCGCUAUUAGUUUUUAUCUAUUAUCUAAGAUCGGUAGAAGAUAUUAUUUAGAUUUUGGUUUGUUAUCCGGUUUUAUUAAUUUUAUUUUAGGAUUAUUAGGAUUUCGUUCUUACUGUUGGAGAUGGCUUCCAAAUAGAAAUUACGUAACAGGUUUUGUUACACUCGCGGCAUUCAGCACUUUAACAUGCGUCGGACUUUCAUAUCUCAUAUUGAUGAAACCCAUGGCCGGAGAUCCUAUAUUGGACAUAUUAGGCGGUGCCAUAUGUGCCGUUUCCGUUUUUACGAUAAUUUUGGCGCUAACGGGUUUAACCAUGUCCGGUUGUUGUAAAUCCCCACCGCCGGACAAUCGAGUCAACGAUUUGUAA